AGGAAAGUAUCAAUGUACAUUAUACGAGCUAUGUAUCAAGUAUAUAAAAUUCUCUUCCCAGUGUUAUGAAUAUUUGGUCAAAUAAAUAUGUAAUUAAUUUAUGACAUUCUGUAACAGAUGCUGGAUGAAACAUAACCUAAACUAGUGUGUCAGAAUAUAAAAUGAUGCUCGAACUAACUUAAAACUAUUUUUGAAAUUUUAUCUUGUUAAAUAUUAGGUCCUUCUUUUCAUUUAUUAAAAUAAGAAGUUUUUCCUAUAUAAAUACAUGUAGUAAGGUUUAUAAGGCAAUUUCCAUUCAUUUUCGUCAAAAUCAUGACUGCAAUAAACAAGAAAUUACGGAUACUGGCUAUUCAUGGAUAUCGUCAGUCUGAUAUUUCUUUCAAAGCAAAAUUAGGAGCAUUAAGAAAGACUUUCAAAAAGCAAAUUGAAUUUACUUUUGUAAGAGCACCACAUGAAGUACCUAGUGCAAGUAACAAUAGUAAGGAUAAUUCAGAAACAAAUGGAUAUGGUUGGUGGUUCAGUACCCAAGAUAAGACAUUCAAAGCUACUAUUUCAAGUGAUCUAUCAGUUGGGUUUGAAGAAAGCUUAGCUUUAAUUGAAAGUGUCUUUGAAGAAUCAGAUCCAUUUGAUGGUAUACUUGGAUUUUCACAAGGCGCUGCUUUUGUUUCAAUAUUAUGCGCCAUGCAGCAAAAGAAUUUGACCCCAAUUAAAUUUAAAUUUGCUAUUAUUAUAUCAGGCUUCAAGUCAUUAUGUGCUGUUCACCAUAUAUUUUACAUGGAAAAAAUUACUUUGCCUACUCUACAUGUCUAUGGAGUAGGCGAUCAAGUUAUUCCUGUAGAAAUGGCAGAAGAAUUAGCUGAAUUAUUUAGCAAUGUAAGUAGAAAGAUACACAAGGGAGGACACUAUGUUCCAAGUAAAAAAGAUAUAUAUAGUGAUUUUAUUAGUGAAAUGUUAGAGAGUAAAUAAUAGUAUAUAUCUGUGAAUAUAUUAUGUAUAAAGAAAAAGAAUAAGAGAACUUAAUAAUAUUAGUAAAUUUAUUACAAAUUACAGAAUUGCUAAAUAUUAGAUCACGAAUUUAAGUAUAAAUAAAUACCAAGAACGAA